UUUGUCAGUGAUAGAUGCUGCUUGGCAACUUCGUAGUCCGACAGCCAUGGCGACUUUGUCUUUCUUCUCUUCUUUGGCUUCCUUACACAAUCGGAAUCCAAUGUUCUACCAUCAGCAGCCGCAACUUCCUUUUGUUCCCCACUUGAAUAACUUGAAGAAGAAGAAGAAGAAGAACGCUUUCAUAUGUUUCGCUUGUUCCACCAAACAAACCAGAGUUCGUAAGAGAGUGAAGAGCAACGAGGAGCUACGUAAUGAGAUUCUGGAGUUCGUUGCUUUGGCUGGGCUUCCUCCAGGUCACGUCCCCUCCAUGAAGGAACUCUCUGCUCAUCAAAGAGUUGAUCUUGCCAACGUUGUAAGACGAAGAGGAUAUAAGUUCAUCAGGGAGCUUCUUUCCAACUCUGAGACUGAAGACUGUACUGAGCUUACAAGUCCAAGUGGCAUCUCUUUAGAAGACUCGUUAACAGAAGAAGGUCAGGACGAAGAAGCACUUGACGGAAGCUUGCCUACUGAAGAACGACCUUCAAGCACCGACAUAUACUCUAAUGCAACAGAUGCUAGUGUCUCUCUUGAUCGUAUAACAAAUAGUUUUCCAGAGGAAGUUGAUGAAGCGUACUCAAGUCCCGAGGAUGAUGAAUGUGUAAGUGUCAGUAAUGAUGAAUCUUCAUUGGCUGCACUUUCGAGUAUGGAAAGCUCCAUUCCAGACUUGGAUGACAGUAACCACUCAGCAGAUAUCACAGAAAGUAAAUCAAAGAUUGAGAGCGUGGAGCUCAGUAAUGUAGCUGACACUGAAUCCUCCUCAUCUUCAGUAUCCGAUUUAGAUUAUACUUCAAGCUCUUCAGAGAGAGAAGCUGACAAUGUUUUGGUGACAGAGGAGGAUGAGGAGGUCAACGAUGUGGAAGAUGAUUCCUCUCUUCUUAGCUAUGAUCAUUACACCAGUCAAGAUCUCAAUCACACCACCAAAAACGUUGUUGAAAGUGUUGCUACUGAAUCCUUGUCUGGUGAGAACACCAUGGCAAAUGCAGAGAAUUUUCAGAAUCAGCAGAUUGAUCAUAUGGCUGAAAAGCGUUCUGACGAUAUUUUAGUUGAGCCUGAUGAUAAAGAUUGGAUGUUAGGACUUCCUUCUUCAACUUCAAGCAUAGAAGAAAAAACAACCAGAUUUAUCCAGAACGGAUACUUGGAUACAGUUGAUGAUGAUGAUGAAAAUGACAGACUGAAUGAAGAAACAAACAAAGGUGGUGAGUACAGUCAGAGAAGUGUGAGUAUGGCGCCAAAUGGAAGCGCCCUAGCAUAUGAGGAGGUUACCCAUGCGACACAAGUUAAUAACUCUAAAAGGAAUAGUGAUCAAAGACAUGGGAAUGCUGAACUGGACAAGGAUUCACAUGAUGAGGACAUGAAACGGGAAAAUCAGGUUGAAAUUACUCGGCUGAGGUUCAUGCUGCGUCAAAAAGAGCUGGAGCUGUCAAGGUUAAAAGAGCAGAUUGAAAAGGAAAAGCUGUCUCUAUCGGUUCUUCAAAGAAAAGCUGAAACAGAGAUACAAAAGGCCCAAAUGCUCGUCUCACAGAAGGAUGUUGAGUUGCAAGAAGCUGAGGAAAGUCUCUCAGGAUUGCAAGAGGUUGAGAUUGAAUAUUGCGGGGAUGGUAAUGUUGUGGAGGUGACUGGCAGCUUCAAUGGCUGGGAGCACCGAGUGGGACUGGAGCUUGAAACAUCCAAGUCAACCGGGAAACAGAAAUGCUGGUCAACAUUACUGUGGUUGUAUCCUGGUACAUAUGAGAUUAAAUUCAUCGUGGACGGUCAAUGGAUAACUGACCCUCGAAGAGAUUCAGUUACAAGAGGACACGUCACAAACAACAUUCUCAAAGUAGACAGAUGAUCCUAUUGCUUUUACUGCUUUAGAGUUAAAGUCAACCAAGAGCCUCGCAGAUGAUGGUUACCAGCUUAAACAGAGGAAGGAGCAGAGCAUGUUAUCAACUUCUUCGAUGAUCAUUUUCAUGUAUAAGGUGUUUUGCUCUGUUCUUAGAGGUAGUAGAGUAUGUAAAAAGUUACAAUCUCAGGUAAUUGAUUAAAUAAAUAUCAGAAUCAAGUCUCGUAGCA